GUGUUUACAACUUUAAGGCGACAUACCUAUAUCAGCCUUUGUUUUAAAGACAGUGCCAUAUUUAAUGAAUAAGGAAAACUCUAAGUAAUAGCACUGUUGUACUUUCCUGUAAAUAUAAAGCAAAGUGCUAUGGCUUCUCAGUUCUCAGUCGUCUGUCAGCCGCCAUGGCGAGGAUAUUCUUUCUUUGUGUUUCUUUGUUCGUUUGUGUGUAUGGGCAUAAACAAGAUGACAUAAUAACAGAGUCAGCUUCUGGAAGGUUCGUUGGAUCAUUGAUGACGUCACGGCGGGGGAGACCCAUACACGCGUACCGUGGCAUUCGGUACGCGCAGCCCCCUGUAGGAGCAUUGCGAUUUCAGCCCCCAGUGCCCAUAACGUUCUACCCACACGAGGUUAACGCGACUCUGGAUGGCCCAGCCUGCCCGCAGCCCGCCGACCCUGGUUAUUUUGUUGACGAAGACUGUUUGAGACUUAAUGUUUAUACCCCUGGAGUGCUUGGAAAAUGGUCUCUCCCCGUACUGGUGUACAUCCACGCAGGUGGCUUCUACUCGGUGUCCGGUCGGUCGGACGUGGCCGGCCCACAACACUUGCUCGAUAAGGACCUCGUGCUAGUCACUAUUAACUAUAGACUGGGCUCUUUAGGCUUCCUAAGCACCGGCGACGAGCACGCCCCCGGCAACAAUGGGUUCAAGGACCAAGUGGUCGCGCUGCAGUGGGUGCGCGCCAAUAUAGCGUCGUUCGGCGGCGACGCCGGCCGUGUCACGCUGGCGGGCUACAGCGCGGGCGCGAUCAGCGUCGCCUUGCACACUGUCUCGCCUAUGUCGAGGGGUCUUUUCCACCGCGCUAUAUCAAUGAGCGGAUCCCCAUUCUCCCAAAUCCCUUUCCGCUGCAACCUCCUACAUCUCGCGGUGCAACAGGCCCGGCUGGUGGACUGUCCGGUUACUUCCACCGCUGAGCUCGUGGAUUGCUUAAGGGCUGUACCCUGGAGGGUGUUGGGAGACUCGCUGAAGGGGUUCCAAGAAUUCUCAAUAGAUCCCAUUCUGAUCUGGACUCCAGUAAUAGAAGGUGACUUUGGCCAAGAAAGGUUUUUACCCGAAGACCCGCUGCGGGCCAUACGAGCGGGCAAACUGCGCUCUGUACCGUACAUAGUGAGCCAGACUAGAGACGAGUUCUUUUGGGAAUCUUUCCUUGUCCUCAACAACUCGAUAUACCGCACGCAGAUCAACGAGGACUGGUACAAGGUAGGUCCCGAAGCGUUCCUCCUCCCCGCGCCGUCAGACCGCAGCGCGCGCGCGCUGCGAGCGCAGUAUCUGCCCGCGCGCCGCUUGGAGAACACCGCCGCUGACAACGCGGCUCUGGGCCGGCUGUAUGGCGACGCGGUCAUCGGCUUCGGCGCUCAUAGACUAGCGAACCUAAUGGCUUAUAAUAACAAAGAGCCCACAUACUACUACGAGUUCAACUAUAUCGGAAACCAGAGUCAUUACGUGGACCCUGCUAGUGGAAAACCCGUCGGUGUAGCUCAUCACGACGAGUUAAUAUAUCUGUUCUCACUUCCGGCUGGGUUCCAAGAAAUCCCUGUGUCUGACUCCAGGGACUCCCUGAUGGUUGACAAGUUAACCACCAUGUUCUACAACUUUGCUCUUACCGGAAAUCCAAACCCAUUGUUAGACGACUGCGCAUCUCCGGUGUGGCCCCCCAUGCGACCUGAUGAGAGACAAUAUUUGCAAAUUGGAGAUCAUUUCUCCGUUCAUAGAAAUCUGUUUGAAAACAGAUUCCGAGUUUGGGAAUAUCUAUAUCCCAUAGAAUAUAAUUUGACGAAAUCUUGAGAAUAAAGCGAGUUAAUAUUG